AAUGCAGAUGUUUCUCAUCCUAAAUAAAUGUUGCCCUGUCAAAAAUUUGAUGUCCAGUAAGAAUAAAACAUUGAUACUACAAUUAAGGAAAGAUUAUGUAACUAAAGAAUACAUAAUCUUUCUAUUUCAUCUUAAGAAAUAGUUUGAUAAAGGAAAUGGUCUCAGAUCUCCAGUAGAUUAGUCAGAAUGAAUAUCUGUAAAAAUGAUUGACUCUUCACUAGGAUUCUCAUAGGUAAGUCUUGAUUUAUUUAUCUCCGAGCUAAUGCAAAACUAUCAGCAUUAAAGGCACUGAGAUUAGUCUUCAUGAAAGGCAGAUUAGAGGAUUCCUGAUUUCUGGCUUUUGUAUAUUUUGCUAAAGUGAAACAAUGCUAACUUAGUUUACAUAAGGAUUUCUUAAAGGUAGACUCUGUGGAAAGGCAUGGAUUCAAGAUAAAAAUAAUUUAGGAAUUUGUCUCAUUAGUGCCUGGCUUUUAUAGUCAGUCUUAGCAUAGGAAGCUAGACAUAUCCUUGUUCCAAAUUGUCCAUUUCCAUAGCCUUAGAUUGAUCUAUAAUACAGUGUGAUAUAUAUAUGAAAGUGUUUGCUUAUCCUAAAGAUAUGACAGUUUUUUUCCCUGAGAGGUUGUAUGUUCAGUGGCUAGAAAGCACUGAACUCUAGGUAUUAGCAAACUUGGUUCUUAUCCUUGUGAUCUUAAGCAAGUUGCUUACCUCCUUGAAGCUUCACCUGCCUUCUGUUUUACCAGGUGGUUGUUGAGAAUUGAAUUUUUAUGAAAUAUUUUUUGCACAUUAUCAAAUGGUAAUGAUACCUUAUAUUUAGAACACAAACCAUUUUAUAUACAAAUGGGAAAUAGCUGAUUUCAGCCAAAUGUCUUUAAGGGAAAUUAGCCAAAACCGAAUGUUUUUAAUUGUGUAUUUUUAAAAUUUCUAUUUAAUUGCUCAUUACUAAACCCAUAUGAGGUAUCUGGGCUUGGGCAAUAGGGUGUAAUCUGUCACAUUCCAGAGAAUAAAGGCAACUCUGGAAUGGAGACAAGGUCUUCUUCCCUUUGUGUACCGUCUCAGGAGCAUCUGUGCUUCUCCCGCCCCCUAGAUGCCAACCCCAGUGGCCUGCGGGCACAGGCGGACCCAUCUGCUCACUAACACAGAGCUUGAUUGACAGAGAUGGUGCACUCUCUGGUUCUUCUAAAUAUUUAAUAGUCUGUACCUCCCUGACAUCUAUCUUCAGGAGUAAAAGUGUAUUUGUUCAGAAACCUAAACAUGGCGAUUAAGUAAACAUAGAAGUUGAAUACGUGGAACCAACUCUAAUGAUAAAUGAUAACAAAGUUUCUUUUAAAAUGUAGUUUUUCGAAAAGCUCUAGCAUAUGGAGCGCCUUGUACAGAGAGGCACAGACGAGGGCAGAGGAGCAGGGCCCUGGUGUUGGGUGUCUCCGUUUGCUGAGAACAGGGCAUUGAGUUCUGCAAACACAGUGUGUGUGUGUCAUAAUAAUAAUAUAUUAGUAACAUAGUCUGUACAUUAGAAAUGCAUAUGGCUUUAUUACCUGUUUUUCCACUUAAUUUCCUUUCCCCAACUUUUAAAUUUGUGACUUGAUUUACUCAGUUAAAAGUGAAAAUGAACUUAGGGUGACUUUAUGUCAGUUACACAGUAUCAGAAACUUGGGAUCAGAAUGUAUAAGUGGAAGUAUUUUUCCUGCAAUGUAUACUUCACAUCUUCCCUUUGUGUGGGAGAGCUUUUGUUGAAGAAAACAUUAGAAACUAUGAGCACUAAUAGAUAAAGCUAUUUAAAAACAGAUUUAAUAUGAGAUUGAGUUCCCACACUGCUUAGGAUCAUGCAGUUUUGGAAACAGCUCAGGUUAGAUUCAUACCCUUUGUGACAGAAAUAUUUCUAGUAAUAGCAUAAUAUUAGGUGGUUGGCACCCAAGGGCCUUGUGUUCUCUUGCACAAUAUGAGUGUCUAAUUAUAUCGUAUAUUUGCCCGUGUAGGAAUACUUCCAGACUUUGUUUCAUAUGUAUAUUUGAUGUUUGUGCACAUAGUUCUGUAUGUGGCAAAUGACUGAGAUGGGAAUAUUUUCUUAAAUAUGUAAGAAUACAGUCUUAGAAAAGUUUGAGACAAAUAUUGCCCCUAAUCCUACCACAUAACCUUGCUGAUGAUUUUUUGUUUCUUCAAAAGGUAAGACAUAUAUAGUGAAGAAAUUUAUAACAUUACUUUUGCUAAGACACAAUUUAAUUGAUUUCACUGAAAAGAAAAGGUAAAUAUUUGAGGUGAUAGAUGUGUUAAUUAAUUCAAUGGUGGGGGUGAGGGAAAUCCUUUCACAAUGUAUACCUAUGUCAAAUCAUCACAUUGCACACUUUAAAUAAAUAACAAUUUAAUUUGUCAAUUAUACCUCAGUGAAACUGGAAAAAAAUUUUUUUCCAGUCCCUCUUCCCAAAGUUUGUUACUGUUUGUAAUUUCCUAUGUAUUUUUCAUAUGUAAAAUUCCUAAAGAAUUUUAUCAGAUAACUUUCUUUUUCACAAAAGGAAUCAGUUAGAAAUACAGAUGGGUGCUCUUUCCCCGUCAGCACAUAGAGUUGUCCCUCUGCCCAUUUAAACAGUGGCACGGUGCCAUGUACAUGCCCUGUGGUUGAUUUAAAUGGCCCACCUUGCUCUUUGCAGCUAUUUGUGUGUGUAUGUGUGUGUGCUUCAUGCAAUAGUGAUAGGUGGAUAGUUUUUAAAACAAUUAAUUUUGUUUAUCAGUAGUCUUCCUUCAUCAUGAUAAAACACAUGUAUGUUGUAGAAAAUGUGAAAAAUGGAAAAAUUAUAAAUAAAUAAAAAUUGUGUACAACCUCCCUAACCUGGCAGCACUCUAGUCUGUUUGGCCCUCUCUUUUUUGCUGUGUCUGUGAACCACAGACCCAUGCAUACACAGAUGCUUGCAAAGUUGAAGUACUGUUACACAAUUCUGAACCCUGUUUCUUUCAUUUUGUAUCAUAUUGUGUCUUUAGAAAUUCCUGGUGAGUUUUGAAACAACUUUAUUGUGAUAUCUUUGAGAUAUAAAAAUUGUAUAUAUUUAAGGUAUAUUAACUUGAUGUUUUGAUGUAUGUAUACAUUGAGAAGAUCACCACAAUCAAGCUAAAUAACUUCUCUACAUAGUUAUCUGUGUGUGAAGGGGUUGGUGGCCUGAGAAAAUUUAAGAUCUGUCCUCUUAGCAAAUUUCAAGUAUACAAUACAGUAUCAUUAACUAUCCAUCACCAUGGUGUACAGCAGAUUCCCAGAACUCAGUCAUCUUGCAGAACUGAAACUUUGCACCCUUUGACUGACAUCUCACCACUUCCCCCUCUGCCAAACCCUGACAACCACCAUCCUACUCUGGCACCUGUGCAUGUGACUGUUUAGGUCUCACAUAUAAGUGAGAUCAGGCAGUGUUUGUUUGUGUGUGUGUCUGGCUUAUUUCACUCAGCAUAGUGUUCUCCAGGUUUGUCCACAUUGCCACAAAUGGAAGAAUUUCCUUAUUUUUAGGGCUGAAUAAUUUUCCAGUGUGUAUAUGUGUAUCACAUUUUAUUUAUCCAUUCGUUUAUUGAUGGACAUUUAGGUUGCUUCCUUAUCUUGGCUUCUGUGAAUAAUGCUGCAGUGAACACAGGAGUAUCUUUUCGAGAUCCUACUUUCAUUUCCUUUGGAUAUAUACCCAGUAGUGGGAUUGUUGGAUCAUAUGGCAGCUAUAUUUUUAAUUUUUUCAGAAACUUCUGUACUGUUUUUCAUGAUGGCUGUACCAAUUUACAUUCCCAUCAACAGUGUGUAAGAGUUUCCUUUUCUACACAUCCUCACCAACACUUUCCUUGUUUUUGAUAAUAGCUACUCUUAUAGGUAUGAAGUAAUAUCUCACUGUGGUUUUGAUUUGCAUUUCCCUGAUGACUAAUGAUGUUGAGGACCUUUUUGUGUAUCUGCUGGCCAUCUAUAUGUCUUCUUUGGAAAAACAGCCAUUCAGCUGGACCUCCAUAUACUUUGUAUUUUGGUAUUAAAUUCUAUGCUGAAGAUCCAUGUAAGCUUAAAGAAGAAAUAACCAGGUAUCAGUUUUUCUUGCAGGUGAAGCAAGAUGUCCUUCAGGGCCGGCUGCCUUGCCCUGUCAACACUGCUGCUCAGCUGGGAGCCUAUGCCAUCCAGUCUGAACUUGGAGAUUACGACCCUUAUAAGCAUACUGCGGGAUAUGUGUCAGAGUACCGGUUUGUUCCUGAUCAGAAGGAGGAACUCGAGGAAGCCAUAGAAAGGAUUCAUAAAACUUUGAUGGGUCAGGCUCCUUCUGAAGCGGAGCUAAAUUACCUGAGGACUGCCAAACCCCUGGAGAUGUAUGGUGUUGACCUCCAUCCCGUCUAUGGAGAAAACAAAUCUGAAUAUUUCUUAGGAUUAACUCCAGUUGGUGUUGUCGUCUACAAGAAUAAAAAACAAGUGGGAAAGUAUUUCUGGCCCCGGAUUACAAAGGUUCACUUCAAGGAGACACAGUUUGAACUCAGAGUGCUGGGAAAAGAUUGCAAUGAAACCUCAUUCUUUUUUGAAGCUCGAAGUAAAACUGCUUGCAAGCAUCUUUGGAAGUGUAGUGUAGAGCAUCAUACAUUUUUUAGAAUGCCAGAAAAUGAAUCGAAUUCAUUGUCAAGAAAACUCAGCAAGUUUGGAUCCAUGAGUUACAAGCACCGCUAUAGUGGCAGGACAGCAUUACAGAUGAGUCGAGAUCUUUCUAUUCAACUUCCACGGCCAGAUCAGAAUGUGGCAAGAAGUCGAAGUAAGACUUAUCCUAAGAGAAUAGCACAAACACAACCAGCUGGCUCAAACAGCAUAAAUCGGGUAACUACGAACAUGGAAAAUGGAGAAAAUGAAGGAACAACUAAAAUUAUCGCCCCUUCACCAGUAAAAAGCUGUAAGAAAGCAAAGAAUGAAAACAGCCCUGAUACCCAAAGAAGCAAAUCUCAUGCUCCGUGGGAAGAAAAUGGCCCCCAGAGCGGACUCUACAACUCUCCCAAUGAGCGCACAAAAUCCCCAAAGUUCCCCUGCACACGCCGCCGAAACCCCUCCUGUGGGAGUGACAAUGACUCUGCACAGCCAAUGAGGAGAAGGAAAGCCCAUAACAGUGGUGAGGACUCAGAUCUAAAGCAAAGGAGAAGGUCACGCUCACGCUGUAACACAAGCAGUGGUAGUGAAUCAGAAAAUUCUAAUAGAGAACAUCGGAAAAAGAGAAACAGAACACGGCAGGAGAAUGACAUGGUUGAUUCAGCGCCACAGUGGGAAGCUGUUUUAAGGAGACAAAAGGAGAAAAACCAGGCGGACCCCAACAACAGACGAUCUAGACACAGAUCUCGCUCGAGAAGCCCUGAUAUCCAAGCAAAAGAAGAGUUAUGGAAGCAUAUUCAAAAGGAACUUGUGGAUCCUUCUGGAUUGUCAGAAGAACAAUUGAAAGAGAUUCCAUACACUAAGAUAGAGACACAAGGUGACCCAGUCCGCAUCCGGCAUUCCCAUUCGCCGCGAAGUCACCGCCAGUAUCGCAGGUCCCAGUGUUCAGACGGCGAGCGAUCCGUUCUCUCGGAGGUGAACUCAGAAGCGGGCCUCGUGCCCCCGCUUCCCGUGACCCGCUCUUCCGAUGCUCGAGGCUCUGGCGGCUCCACAGUUCACCAGAGAAAAAAUGGGUCUAAAGAUAGCCUGAUUGAAGAAAAGACUCAGACAUCAACAAGCAAUCUGGCUGGAAAACACACAGCAAAAACAGUAAAAACUAUCCAAGCUUCACGCCUCAAGAUAGAGACUUGAUCCCAGUGCAAAAGGGUUUGGAAUGGGGGGUGGGAAGGGUGUGUGUGAAUUUGAAACUGUGAAUUUUAAUUAUUCAAGUAUCUUGGACCUGCUCAAGUGUUUUCUUCAGAAGAAAAUAAUUUAGUGUUGUAUCUUUUAAAGGUUGAAGUACAGCAUAUCUGUGCCAACAGGCCUUUUUAUUUGUAACUGGAAGGACAGCAAUCUUGUAAAAGCUCAUUCAUUUGAUGCUGAAUUUUCCUUCCUGGAAACUCCAACUGUCUCGGGUCCACCACAACCAAGACCAGAUGCUUCUGAUCAAAGUUCUGGAAUCCUGGGCUGCAGCUGGUUGGCUGUGCAACAGCGUACCAAGGGGGAUGGAAAGGUUCUUCCCAGCUCUAGCUGAUCUCAACUUGUGCACACGUGAACUGAGGCAUCACUUUGAUUGCAGAUAUUUUUAUCCAUAUAAAUAUGUUCUUUUAAUACUGUAUUUUGUGGCAUUAAGUUCCACUGGUUAUUUACAAAUGUAAAAACUUUUUAAGUGUUGCUUUUAAUUUGUAAUGUUUAGUUUUCAGAAAGAAAAGGUGGUUAUGUGUAUUUCAGUUGACCCGUUUAUAAAUCCAUGAUCCCCAACCUCAAAUGGUCCCUUUGUCCUUCCUGGUGACUUCUGACCUCUCCUCUCUGUGAAGAGCUUAUUUUCCCUAUUAAUAGGGAAAAUAGGAAUACACUGGACCUUUUUCAUCUUCCCAUUACUCCACAAAGCUUUCCACAGUGGCCAUCCACCCAAAUCCUUCCUCUUGUCCUGUCCCCCCACCUGCAUCUUGGCAUCACCUCCUUUGGCCUUCUUGUCCCUGCUCUCCCUUCUAUCAAUAUAUUCCACCGUUCCCUUUCAGGUAUCUUUGCCACUUGGUUUUAAACUUUUAAGACAUACCUAAAAAAGCCAACCAGCCAACUUUCACAACCAUAAACCCCCUUCCAGCUACCUUUUUCCACUUUCCAAGUUUCUUGGAAAGAUUAUUGGUAGCCAAUAUUCUGUCCUUAAUCCAUCUGAUCUGUUAGCUGAUCCCUAGUAUAUUCUCCCCCACUGCUCCGCUCCACUAAAGCAGACCUCCGCUGCAAUCACCUUCACAUCACCAAACACCUACGGUAACUUAAGACUGCCUUGCAACAUUUUCUUGCUGCUUUAAAGCAGCACUAUUUUUAAAAAUAUUCUGACCAUCCUUUGCUGCUCAUGCUAUUCUACCUCACCAGUUAAUUAUCGGAGUUUCAUCGCAUUUAUGCUCAUGGAUUUAGGGUUUAUUUCUAUAGCUUAGACUAUGGACCAGUGUUGUGCCAACUUAGAUCUCUGCAAGGUGAUGCCAAUUCAACUAUCUUAAAAUGCUGCUCCCCAGCUGCAUUUAGGGGCAUUACAGCUGGGACUACUCACAAAGCAGUCACUGGGGACACCUCCCCACUUCCAAACCCUGCUGUAGCUUAACUAGCUCUCUCCAUUAAUUUUACACACCCUGGUCCAGGGGCGUCAUCUCUUGCCUAGACAACCGCAGUAGCCUCCAAGUGGCUAACCUGUAUUACAUUUCUUGCACGAAUUUGUUAGGGAUUUCCUUUUGCUUUAAAUAGCCUUAAGGGUUUGGGCUCUGACCUGUUCUCAUCGUUAACACCCCCAGCUCCCAUAACGGCCACCUUCAAUCUCAAUAAGCACUCAACUCCUGUCUGAAUGAGGGCACUUCAGAGGGGAAGCAGCUAUCACUGUCACCGAGUCUGGAUUUAUAGUCAUACCCUUUUUUCUAGCCCAAGGCCCUGGCACAUACCAUUCCCCGAAUUUUGCCUUGCAAAAUUGAUACCUACCCUUAGUCUCAACUGCUUUUCCAGGUUUCCCGGACUUGGUCAAAUCCUAUCAUGCAUGGGACAUGUCUCAACAAAAGUUUUACAUCUGUGACAUUUCCUCUGUUCAGUUGUAAGCUUCCAAAGGCAGGAACUGUGUUUUGCUUAUUACCAUUGUGUUCCUAGCUCCCAAUUCAGUGCUUUCAAUAAAUUCUUUGAAUGACUGAA